AUGAACAUGAUUUGCGGGUCCUAUUAUUUUCCCAAAAAAAACAAAGGCCAUGACGCCCACUUCAUAUGUGCACAAGAGCAGACUACUGGUGUGGCAGAUGGCGUUGGUGAUUGGGCAAAGCUUGGUGUGGAUGCUAGCCAGUACGCAAGAGAACUCAUGCGCAACUCGAUCAAGUCGGUCAAAAAGCAGCAAGCUUUUGGAGGCGUUGACCCAAGAAGGGUUUUGAACGAAGCGUAUGUAAAGACCAAGUGUAAAGGGUCCUCAACCGCUUGCAUUCUUACCCUUAAAGACAAAGGAGUUUUGAAUUUUGUGAACGUUGGGGACAGUGGUUUCAUGGUGCUUAGAAACUACAAACUCUUGUACGUGUCUCCACGUCCACAGCAUAGGUUUAACCAUCCGUACCAACUGGGAUACAGCACCCACUUUGAUAAUCCUCGUUCGGCUACGAAGACCAAAAUUAGGGUUUUUCCAGGGGAUAUUUUAGUGCUUGGGACUGAUGGGUUGUGGGAUAACAUGUACCCGAAUGAGAUAGUGCAAUUUGUAGAAAACAUGAGAGAAAUGAAGCCGGAGGCAUUGGCUUGUGCCUUGGCAAGUGUGGCUAGGGGUAGGUCGCUGGACAAGGGCAGGUUUAGUCCUUUUUCAAGAGCAGCUCAGAAGGCUGGAAUAAAGCACCUAGGAGGCAAGAAGGACGACAUUACUGUUGUAGUAGGUUAUAUUAUGGCGACUUCUACGCCAGCCCCCUCUUGUGUUGGGGGUUUGGAAAUCAUGUCGGAUAACACAACACAACUGGGGCUGAAGCGCUCCACUCCCUGGUGGCGUCUUUGUUCGUGGCCUUGUAACUGUUUUAGGAGCUCCACCCCCAAAAAAGACACAACACGAAUUUGA